GACAACCGAUUGCACGCAUUCGAACCGCGGGCACAUUGCGCUAUAACACGCGACACGUAAUUUUCAAAAAAACAUAAUCGAUUAACAGCGACGCGAUAUCGAUUGCCAAAUCGUUUUUGCAGUGCCUAUAAUUUUUAUGUGACAAGUGUUUAAAAUUGAAAAGCUGCGUUUAUGUGGAUAAACAAUACGGACUCGUUAACCUUCUGAAUACAAUGUUUAAAUUGAAAAUAAAAGUUUAAAUAACAAUAGUGUACAUAAAACCUUAAGCAACAAACAAAUGUGGAUAAAAAACAAACAGUGCAACUAAUAACAAAAACAAAUAUGAGACAAUCAAGCAAACCGAAAAAGUAAACAGACCCAUUGUGAACAGUGAUGUGUUAACUAAUAUACCGGAAGCAUAUCCAAUGCGGGCGUCCAAGAUGGCAUCGUCACAUCGCCAUAGCGUUACUCCGCCACUAUCGCGUGCGGGCUCGGGCGACCUAGUCCCCUGCCAGAUGUCCCCUAGCAUAACACGUCGCGCAAUAUCCCCGGACCUAUCUCUAGACUUCUCGCGCCACCGACCCUUGUCCCCUGAUCCAUUGGACCGGACUUUGUCUUUGUCUCCUGACUUCCCGCGUCGUUCCCGGUCCCCAGCGAGACCGCGGUCGCUGAUGGAAUCGUUGCUUGUGGCGAAAAUGGAAGCAUUGAGCACGGGAAGGUUGGUGCGUACGGAUUCGUUGGACAGCUGCAGCAGUUUUGGAUCAAUGUCCUCGUUGCCGAGUGAUGUGUGUCGGUGUGACGACUGCCUGCUGGGGAUCGUUGACUUCUACCUACCCAGUCCGGAUGCUAGUAGAGGACUUCGAAAGCAAUCAGAAAGAUGGAGAAAGCUAAGAAACAUAGUGCAAUGGACGCCGUUCUUCCAAACGUACAAGAAGCAGAGGUACCCGUGGGUCCAGCUCGCAGGACAUCAGGGCAACUUCAAGGCCGGCCCGGACCAGGGUACCAUUCUUAAGAAGCUAAGCCCACAAGAGGAAAGGUGUUUUAAGUUGCUGAUGAAGGACAUACUGCGGCCGUUUGUGCCCGAGUACAAAGGGCAGGUCACGUGUGAAGAUGGAGAACUAUACUUACAAUUACAAGAUCUCCUGAGCGAUUUCGACUGCCCUUGCGUCAUGGACUGCAAGAUCGGGGUUCGAACGUACUUAGAAGAAGAAUUAGCUAAGGCGAAAGAAAAGACUAAACUACGAAAAGAUAUGUACGAAAAGAUGAUCCAGAUAGAUCCUAAAGCGCCAACAGAAGAAGAACAUAGAAGUAAAGGCGUAACAAAGCCUAGAUACAUGAUCUGGAGAGAGACUAUUAGUUCCACGUCAACACUUGGCUUCAGGAUAGAUGGCGUCAAAAAAGCAGAUGGCACCAGUUCCAAGGACUUCAAAACAACUAAAACAAGAGACCAAAUCGUUGAAGCUUUUAAAGAUUUUACUGCCAGCAUUCCGACUGCCGUGCCGAGGUACCUCGAGAGACUGAAAAAUAUUCGUGCUACGUUAAUAGAAUCCAAUUUCUUCAGAACACACGAGCUUAUUGGUAGUUCACUACUUUUCGUGCACGAUAAGAGAAAAGCUUCCAUUUGGAUGAUAGACUUCGCAAAGACAGUUCCUGUACCUGAUGGUAUAAACAUCGACCACAAUUCCGUUUGGAAGGUCAGCAACCACGAAGAUGGCUACCUCAUCGGCAUCAACAACCUAAUUUCUAUAUUCGAAUCUCUUAUAAAAGACAAUAAUGGAAACAUUGAGUGUUUUUCUAAUUUAACGCUAGAUAAAAAUGUGAGAAUGGACACUUUAGCGACUUGAAAUUUAUAAAGCUUUUCAAUACAGAGUAAAUCUGUAUAGUGAAUUUGACCUUCUAUUUUGUACAGAGACGAAGUACCAGUACACAGGUACCGAAAGCUAUUGAUGAUUGUAAAUAGUGUAUAAAGGACCGCUAUUGUAUUAUUCUUAAGUUGUUUAUAAUACUCAUUUUAGAGUUAGUGAGUAGCACUAUUGGAUUUAUAACUGUGUGUUGAUGAUGAUUAUGAUUGGUAAUUUGGAUUAGAGCUGACUAAAAAUAUACGCCUGUUUUGCUAUACCGAAUAAUUUAGUCUAACCAAUAAAGAUAAAACAUUCGGCAUACUUAAUAAGAUAAGGAAGGUCUAGAAACGAAAUACGAUCUGUAAUUCAUUUCCGAAUAAGUUUUAUCCUUACAAUUGUUAUAAUAUGUAAUACCUAAAGAGCCAUUAGGAGUUAUUACCGACAUUGUUAAUUAUUUCUUAUAACAGACAGAAAAUUAAUUAAUAAUAAACAUAUGAACAGCUCAAAUUAAUGUUA